UGGUUUCUUUCUCCAAACAGCCUUAUAGUCUUCCACCACUUCCUCUUUGCCUGCUGGAGCACUCUCGCUCCUCUUUUCUUUCUUUCUUUCUCUCGGCAGCUCACACACCUUCCCUAAAACUGUUCUUUAGCAAGUUGUUGCAUUAUUUGUUAUUUUUUGUGUGGGCGGGGAAACUAGCUUCUUAUUGCAUUCUUUGCAUGCUUGCAGCAUCCAGAAGAGAAAGCAAGAGUGAUGGAGCUGUGAAUGUGAUGGAGAUGUUCUGCUAAAAGUGGAUUUUUAUCAGUGUCAUAGCGAUGCAGCGGAUGUGAGUGGAGAUAAAGGAGCACAAUGAAAGACGACUUCGGUGAAGAAGAGGAGGUGCAGUCCUUCGGGUACAAGAGGUUUGGAAUCCAGGAAGGAUCGGAGUGCACCAAAUGUAAAAAUGACUGGGCUCUGCGGGCCGCCAUCGCGCUGCUCUACGUUCUUUGCACGCUGCUCACCAUCGCUGUGGCUGUCCUUGGGUACAAAGUGGUCCAGAAAAUGGACAACGUCAGCGAGGGUAUGCAGAAUUACGGCGGAAAAAUCAACGCAGUGGAGACCAAAUUAAAGAAACUAGACUAUCAGACAGGUGAGAAGUCCAUGAACGCCAGCAGUGAAAUCAAGACCUUUAAGUCAGACCUGGAGGCGCUGCAGGGUCAGCUGGAAGACAUCGCCGUCAGGACAAGUAGGAACGGGGACAUCUUGAGUGAACUUCAGGUCAUCGGAGAUGACACGCAAGGCGGCCAUGUUACCCUGCAGAGUUUACUGACGGGCAACGCCGCCUCACUCCGUGGGGUCAACCAGACCUUGGGCACUUACGGCGGCAUGAUUGGAGACCUCCAAACGGACACGGCCAGGCUUCAGUCUGAGAUCCAGGGCCAGGUGAAAGAGCAGAGCCAGGCUCAGGUCGGUAUCAGUGCUCUCAACAUCAGUCAGGCUCAGCAGCGCAAUCUUCUCAGAUCGCUGCAGAAGACGGUUGAAGACACUGGCCAGGCAGUGCAAAAACUCCAGAUUGGCUAUCAGACUUUGCAGCAGACAGCCAGACAAACGCAGACUGAUAUAGACUGGCUCACGGAGAAGGUACAGAACCUCCAGGUUUUGGCUGCAAACAACUCUGCAUCCGCGCGGUCCAAUGGUGAAGCCUUGGAUGAUUUAGGGGCACAGCUGAGCACGCUGGCGAGCCAGAUCCAGAACACCUCCAUCCUCACUGAGGGCCACGAUCAGAGUCUAAGAGAACUCAUGGACCACCAGCGGGACCACGAUAACGCCACCUCGUCCAAGUUUGAUGUGAUGGAAACCCGCCUGGACAAGCAUGAAAGCAGCAUGGACCGUGUGACGGGCAACGUGAGCUUCACCACGCAACUCCUCGGGGCCAUCAGCUCAGACCUCAACAGCCUGAGGUCGUGCGCUGAGACGGUUUUACGCCACUCAGACCUCCUGGUGGGUUUGAACAACAGCGUGAGUGAGGCCAAGGUCGAGAGCGGAGACCUGCGGGCCCAGCAGAACGAGCUGGUGGCCAGGCUGGACAAGGAGGUCAAUGACCUGUCUGUGGUGAUGGAGGAGAUGAAGCUGGUGGACAGCAAGCACUCGCAGCUCAUCACCAACUUCACCAUCCUCAAGGGACCACCAGGUCCAAGAGGUGCCAAGGGGGACAAGGGACCCCAAGGGCAAGUUGGCUCCCCAGGUCAGAAGGGUGAUAAAGGAGACAAAGGGAUGCCAGGAGUGGUGGGGCCUAAAGGCGAAAAAGGUCCUCUUGGCCCACAAGGUGCGACAGGUCCAAAAGGUGGGCCUGGCCCACGAGGCCUUCCCGGGGCGAAAGGAGCAAGAGGGCCUGGGGGUCGACCUGGGACCCCCGGAGACAAAGGUGAUCCCGGAGUCCAAGGGCUCCCUGGCAGAGAUGGAUUUCCGGGAGUGCAAGGGCCACAAGGACCGCAGGGCCCCAGAGGAGCUGCGGGGCCCGCUGGCUUGGAGGGUCCACGUGGAUCUGUUGGACCUAUCGGGCCUCCUGGUCCUCCUGGGCUUCCUGGUUUACCUGCGCCAGUGCCUCUGCCAGUCAAGCCUACUGUGGCUUCCAAAGCAGCUGAUGAACCACAAGGGUCCAAGCAGCCUGCGACUUCAGCUUCUGGUUGUCCAGCAGAGUUCAGGAGGUUUGGAGACAGCUGCUAUUACAUCUCCUCGGCCUCUCAGAAGCUCAGCUACGACGAGGCCAGCAUGUUUUGUUCUGCCAAGGAGUCUCAUUUGCUAAUUGUCAACAACAAUGAGGAACAAGUGUUUGUGAAGAAUGCCGUGACAGGGAAAGGUUUAUUCUGGCUAGGCCUCACGGACAGGGAGGAGGAGAAUGUGUGGAAGUGGGUGGAUGGAAGCACGCCUGUUUACACGAAAUGGAAUCCGGGUCAGCCUGACAACUGGACACAUGGUCAGGCACACGGCGAGGACUGCGGGGGUAUCAUCAAUAACGGCAACUGGAACGAUUUCUACUGCACCGAGCGCAUCGGGGUUAUCUGUGAACGCGCCGCCAACGUGACAUUUUUCGUCGUGUCGUGUGCUCCAAUGAUGCCUCUCUUCACGACGAACCCAUUUGACCAAGAUGUUGAGAAAGCAACCAGUGAGAUGAACACAGCCGAGGACUGGGGCCUCAUCUUGGACAUAUGUGAUAAGAUAGGACAGCAGCGCACAGGGCCUAAAGAAUGUCUGCGCUCCAUCAUGAGAAGAGUGAAUCACAAAGACCCUCAUGUUGCCAUGCAGGCGCUCACUCUUCUGGGUGCAUGUGUCUCCAACUGUGGCAAGAUAUUCCACCUGGAGGUAUGCUCCAGAGAGUUUGCCAGUGAAGUCAGUAACGUCCUCAACAAGGGCCAUCCUAAAGUGUGUGAGAAGCUGAAGGCACUGAUGGUGGAGUGGGCAGAGGAUUUCCGCAAUGACCCCCAACUCAGUUUGAUCUCCGCUAUGAUAAAAAAUCUACGCGAGCAAGGGGUCACUUUCCCCGCUGUGGGCUCGCAGGCUGCAGAGCAAGCUAAAGCCAGUCCUGCACUAGUGGCCAAGGAUCCCGCAACCUCCACAAACAAGAAAGAAGAAGAAGACUUGGCCAAAGCCAUUGAGCUGUCAUUGAAGGAGCAGAGACAACAGAACCAGACGUCCUUGUCCAGCCUCUACCCGAACACCUCCAGCCUAAUGUCCUCACACAAGUCUGACGGAAGGAAGGUCCGUGCCAUCUAUGACUUUGAGGCUGCCGAGGACAACGAGCUCACCUUCAAGUCAGGGGAGAUCAUCACCAUCCUGGAUGACAGUGACCCCAACUGGUGGAAGGGGGAGACAUACCAGGGGGUGGGGUUGUUUCCCUCCAACUUUGUUACUGCUGAUCUCACCGCAGAGCCUGAGAUGAUGAAGACUGAGAAGAAGACGGUGCAGUUCAGUGAGGACAUUCAGGUGGAGACCAUUGAGCCUGAACAGGAGCCAGUUUUUAUUGAUGAGGACAAAAUGGACCAGCUCCUGCAGAUGAUUCAGAGUGCUGAUCCCACAGACAACCAGUCAGACGCUGUAGAGUUGCUGCAGCUGGAAGGUGCCUGCAAUCAAAUGGGACCCCUCAUUGACCAGAAACUAGAGGACAUAGACAGGAAACACUCUGAGCUGUCUGAGCUCAACGUGAAGGUGAUGGAAGCUCUGUCGUUGUACGCCAAGCUGAUGAACGAAGACCCCGUCUAUGCCAUGUACGCCAAGCUGCAGAGCCAGCAGUACUACAUGCCGCAGCCACCCGCCUCGGCACAGCAGGUGUAUCCUGGUCCUGCAUCGGGCUCUUACGCAUUGAGCGGUAGCGCGGUGCAAGGCUACAGCAUCUCCAUGGAGCAGAUGCAAGCUGGAACCCCAAUACCUGGCCAACCUGCCCCCAGCGAUGUACACAUGUUCAUGGGUCAGCCACCCGUCUACACUGCCCCCGCGGCCCCAGGCAGCAUGGCCCCUGCAGACGCUCACACUUACCAGGGUGGCACGGCCGGCCCUCACCAUGCGACGAACCCACCCUCCAUGACACAGGCGCCCAGCUACAGCGCCCCCUCUGGCCAGAGUGUGAUGACGUCUGCAGAGCCCCCGCCCCCGCAGGUCCCCUACUCGGAGAAGGCCUUGCUAUAGGACACACAGUAGUACUGCAACCUCAUACAUUUCUUUUUUUGUUUUUUACAGCCUCUAACAUAAAAGGAAUAAUAGUCCUUACUUAGUUGCACUUUUUUGUUGUGUUGUUGAGCAACAUGUCAAGUAUAAAUGAGCUCAGUGUGCACACACUCCCAACGUGCAACAGCUUUGUCCUCACUACUGUGUAACCACGUCAAACAAGGGUGGCAUUGACUUACUUGCUUUAAGGACCUCCAAUGAACGUCCGCUACAUUCUGCAGACAACUUUUGUUUUUGUUGAAGUACUGAAAACUGACGCCACUUUUUGUUGUUUUGGGAUGCAAAGCAUGCACAUGACUCUUGUGUGUGUCGUAAUAAAGGCCACCUGAUGACCUCACGGGGGCAAGAGCACACCAUGGCAACAAGAGCCAAACCAGAACAAAAAGCAUCUCAUGUUUUGUAGAUUAUUUUAAUGUAUGUCUUAAUUGUUCUGCUGUUUGAAACAAACAAACAAGCAGGGCAGGGUGUAAGUAUUCCGGAGGACGAUGCCAGUUGUACAUCUUUUUUCUCCGUGCUCGUCGGUACUGUAGGGUCAACCCCCAAAUGAAAGCUCCCUUGUGCAUUUCAAAGCUGCCCUGGUCUGACUAAACAUCUUCUAAAGACACAUUUUGUCACUUCCUGUGUAUCCAACACCACUUUGUCGUUAGCUUCCACCAGUGGACACUACAUGAAAGACUACAGUUUCUUUUUGCUGCGUUAACAUGAUUUGAAAUCAGUUUCGUUUCAUUCCUUGGUUUGGUUUGUGCAAGUUUCUUUCAAGGCUAACAAAUUGGCGACGUGGGGUGUUGGACUGAAGGCCCAAGGGAAGGUGCUGACUACAUGAUUCUCAAAGGUGUACCCUGCUCUUUGUAAUGCUUUCUUUUAACCAUGAUUCAUCAUCAAUUGGUAUUCACAAUAAAAGUAAAACAGGUCAACUGUCCACAGCUGGGCUCUUAUUUUGUCAACUUAAAACGU